AAGCCUCAAUGGUAGAAAGCAGCUUUUACGCCUCACAUUAAUAUAAAUAAUGUGUUCUUAUCUUUAAUUUGACUGACGCAUUUCUUCUGAGCCCUUACGUCACAGGUGUGCGACUUUGGUCGCUUAGCAACAGAGAGAUGUCUCCGUUAUGGCCGCGGUGCGGUGGAUGCUCUGGUUGCUUCUCUUGACGUUGGUGCUGGAGUCGGGGAAGGCUGAGCCCGAGACUGAAAACGGCACCCUCUUUGCAGGGGAAAGCCCCACGAAUGGGCCGGAGACGGAAAACGGCACCCUCCUCGCAGGGGAAGGUGUCAGUCCCACGAAUGAGACGCGUCCGCGCGAGACACCCACGAUCCAGAGGGAAGAGGGACCCGUACCCAGAGAGGGCGUGUUGUCAAGCUGCCCUUGUGACCUGCAUCCCGGCUCCUGCGACCUCAACUGUUGCUGUGAUUCAAGCUGCGGAUCCGGAUGCAACCUGGGAGGUCCCGAGUGUCCCUUUUCUUUCUGUCUUCCAGGCAGCACCAGGGCUGUGAGUUGGAUGUGUCUGGAGAAGUCCCUCAUUUUCCGAAAUAACACUCCUUACCACACUGAGAUUCUCCCUGGUCCUGAUGGAUGUGUGUCGCUGUUCUGUGUGCAGUUAAAAGAUCCGAAGCUGAACUAUUUACUGCAGCCACAGGCAGUUACAAAAGCAAACUUUCCUGCACUCUUAGCAGAAUAUGGAGGGUCAUCUUUCACCUUACAAGAACAAGUUCAGCAGUCUCCAUCUGCCUUUUACCGGGUGGGGGAUCCAGUGCAGACUUACUUUGCUGCAUCAUCUGUACUGAGUGUGCUAAAACAACCAACGAGAAUGGUUGCCAGCCAACUUUGUACUGAUGAGAAUCCUGCUGGUUUCCUGGAGAGUAAAACCACAAGCUGCAUUCGGAUCUUUACUGACCUGAGAAGCAGCUGUACUACUGACCCUGCGCUAGAUGCAGCUUCAUAUUAUCGGGACUUCAGUGUGUUGAAGGUCCCAGUAAACAUGACUGUUUUCCAACCUUUACAGGCGAACAUUUUCCCUGUUUCAAAGCCUGCAUCUCCCUCUCUGAAUGACAACAUUUGCUACAACGUUGUUUCUGAGGUCACCUAUGAGGUGGAGUUCAAUGGCGUCCAUGGCAUUCAGAAUGUUUCUGUCCAGUUCAAAGUGGCCAACAUAUCUGGGAACCCAGGAUCUACGCUACAACAGCACUUUUCUUUGCACUUUUGGAGUAGAAGCCCUUCUUUCACCAAACAGAGAAGUGGGAAUCCUGGAUAUAUUAUUGGAGCACCCCUAAUUGCGAUGUACAGUAACACCCAGCAACAUGUAACCAUUUUGCAGAAUCAAGGCAAUGGACAGUGCUCGGCAACAGAGAGGUACAGGAUACAGUUUGGAGAAAAUGUGAGGACAGACUGUCAGUUCAGCAUAUCUUUGAAGCUGGGGGAAGCAAACUGUAGCCUCUUGCAAGAGAUGUUGUAUCAAGCCUUCCAGGGGAAAUACAUCCCAGGCAGCUUGGCCAUCAUUGGCAACGCUGACCCCACCCAUCCAGGAGAAUGGAACCAAAUAGUCACCCAGAAAUGCAGUGUGCAGGGUGAGCAUUGUAUGGUUCCCAUUUCCUUAGAGAUCCAAGUGCUGUGGGCUCAGGUGGGCCUCCUGUCUAACCCGCAAGCUCAAGUCUUGGGAGCACGGUACCUUUAUCUCUGCAUGCCUCUAAAGUCUCUUGGCACAGAUAUGAACAUGUUGUCUUUGACGACCACGGUUGCUUUUACGGAUGCUACCAAAAGGCCGGAACCACCACGUGGUCAGCCCAGAGUGUACUGGAAACUCCCAUUUGAUUUCUUCUUCCCUUUCAAAGUGGCAUUGAGUGGGGCUGGGAACAGCUCAGGAAGCCAAACGGGGACUCUGCUGGUGGCUUUAAUAUUGUGUGAAGCACUCUUCUUGUGAAGUGGAGAAACAUCUUUCUAAUAGAAGAAAAUCUGCAAAGGAAAUCAUACUUGCAGUGAUCUACUCUGCAAUCUGAACAAAUAGUCUCGUGGCUAAAGGAGUGCUCUAGAGACAGUCUGUCCGCCCAGUGGAGGGAGCAGAGCAGAACCUGUGGGUCAGAAGGCUGAGAUGCUUGCACAAGGAUUUAUUCACAUAACUAGCUGCGUCUUGUGGUGACCUGUUGAACAGUCACCAGCCAAUGACAAGCUGGUCACAUGCACAUACCACCACACACAAAAUUUGGCUUUUAAGCACAGGAUCGGAUGAACAAACAGGUGUGCCAGGAAGACAUGCCAUGACUGUUUACGGAUGGUUUUCCUUUCUCCCUGUGGCAAAAGCUCUUUAGUUCAUAAACAUACAUGAGUGGGAUCCAAAGUAAUUGGGGCAGAGUUGGUUCCAUGCUCCUUCAGUCCCCUGAACCUCUCCACCAUGGAAGUGUUUUGGUGUGAAUACAGGCCUCUUUGGAUUCCAGCUAUGAAUUCUUAUUCUUGAAGGUGAAGUUUCUAUCAAAGUUGGACAAGACCUGUAACUUUGAAUCUGCUUGCCCUUGCCCAUUGCCAGGGGAAGCUUGGGACACUUGAUAACUUCUAAAGAAAAUAACCACUAUCUUCAUGGAGUAUUAUUAUCAAUAUCAGUUUUUAAUACCUUAAUCAUGCCCUUGUUGGCAUGAGUCACCUUUAUGGUACCAGUUCUUUGCCUCUGUAUCAGUAGGCAUGGUAAGACAUAGCCUUUCCCAGAGGAGUCAAUCGGGGACAUGAGGAUUACUGAACCUCCCUGCAAUCUUUAAUGAUGUAAUUGAAGCUGGCCUGGUGCUGGAUUCUGUUAUUUGAUGGAACUUGUGCACACUAUUAAUUACACCAUAUCAAUAUGAGUAUUAGUUAGAAUCAGGACUUUUAUUUUGUCUUCAUUGCAACCUAUGAUCUACUGAAGAUUUCUAGUUUUAAUACAUUUUAAUAAAGCAACCUACUUGACUGGAUGCAUUAUAUAACAUAAAGAAUUACUAAAGUA